AUAAACUAAAAUGUGAAAGGAAUAUGCUGUGCAAACGUGAGCUAGAAACACAAAAGAGUUUUUGUUCGAAUUAAAAAAAAAAUGCACCAUAAAUCCGCGAGUGUCAUCGUAUUUUAGCAUUUGUUGUUUUUUUUUUUUCGUCGAACGCGUUCCGAAUUUGAAUUGUGACAUUUAGUUUGGUUUUUGUUUCGUUUAGCGCCAAAAAAGUGUAUUUUUACGAAAAUGUGACUGUAUUAUAAAGUUUUGUCGCGUUUUUUAACUAGAAAUAUUAUCGCGCGGCAAAAAACAAAUGUGAAUUUUAUCAGUUUAAUUAAUAAAUCAUUUAAUCUCGUCGCGAUAGUUGAGUAAACACAGAAAUUACGUUUGUAAGGAGAUUUUUUCUUGGAUUCGUUUUUUUGAUAAGGAAAUGCUCGUUCCGUGUUGGGAGUGUGAAUUUCGUAGUUUUCUUAGUCACUGUUCGGCUACCAAACGUACUGUUUGGUUGGCAAUUAAAUAAAAGUUUUAAUUAUUUGUGAAAACUCUAAGAUUAUUGAUUGAUUCCACCGUCAAGAUGUCGAUUUUAAACAUGGGUGCGAGGCUGGAGCUGGCCUUUAGCAAAGUCUUCAGAAAAAUGGAUGGUUACACGAUUAUCGAUGAAAUUGGUGGACAAGACAACUACACCAUGGCGUCGAUAAAUUCAAAUGAAAAAAGUCCGGGUGAUCCACCGGAUAAAAAACUAGCAGAAGCGGACGCAGAAAAACAACCACUAUCAGGAAAAGAGGAACGAUGGUGGACAACGUUGAUGCAAGUGGCUGUGCCAUUCUUCAUAGCUGGAUGUGGUACGAUCGGAGCUGGAUUAGUUUUGGGCCAUGUCAAGGAAUGGGAUGUGUUCGUUAACGUGUCAGCCAUAUUUGUUUUGGUGCCGUCUCUCUCUGGUCUUAAAGGUAAUCUGGACAUGUGUCUAGCAUCCAGACUGUCCACUCAGGCGAACCUGGGCAACAUGUCGUCGACACGGGAAGUUAUAUCCAUGGUCGUCGGGAACAUAUCACUAGUUCAGGUACAAGCGAUAGUAGCAGCGACGGUGGUGUCGAUAUUCGCGAUCAUCGUGAACAUCAUCACGGACCGGGCCAUCAACGGCUCCUACGUGCUCCUGCUGAUCGCCUCCGCAGUCUUCACGGCUACCACCACCUGCUUCGUUUUGGACUUCGUGAUGGUGAUGGUGAUCUACGGUUCGCACAAGUUCAAGGUGAACCCUGACAACGUGGCGACACCGCUAGCGGCAUCUAUCGGCGACAUCGUGAGCAACACCGUGCUUGCCGUCACCGCCGAGUACAUGUAUGAACAAAUACGUACUGAUAGUGGAAGGAGUGAGAGAGAAAUAUCGUUAUGGCAGCCAAUUGCUUUAAUGUGCGUCUACUACAGUCUACUGCCCCUUUGGGUCUUCAUCGUAUGGCGCAACAAGUACACCAAAAAGGUUCUCACCAGUGGAUGGACUCCAGUUAUCUCUGCGCUCUUCAUCAGUGGUAUCGGAGGUAUCGUUUUGGACAAAGCAGUGGACAGCUACCCCGGCUACGAAGUCUUCCAGCCUAUCGUCAACGGCAUCGGUGGAAACCUGGUCUGCGUGCAGUCUUCCAGAUUGGCCACCCAUCUCCAUCAGACGGCCAUUCCUGGAGAGCUGCCUGAGAACACCAGGCUCAUUGAGUGGCCUUGGAGGACGCUGUUCUAUGGAACUAAAGCGGCUAAGGUGGCUCGUAUGCUGUUGGUCCUCGCGCUGUUCGGCCAGAUUAUCUUCAUGGUGGUCGCUGACUUUGUCUACCAGGGCGCGGUGACCCUACAAGUGCCCUUCGGAAUCACUUACCUCUUGUGCUCAUUGUUGCAAGUCAUGGUAUUGUUGUACCUAGCUUACAUGCUAGUCCACCUGAUGUGGAAGAAGAAGAAGGAUCCCGACAACGCAGCCAUCCCCUACCUGACCGCUCUGGGAGACCUCCUGGGCUCAGUGUUCCUAGGACUCACGUUCGUGAUCCUCUCCAUCUUCGGCAUGCAAUACGGUAACAAUGUCCUGUGAAUAGGUACGAUACACCUUCAGGUACUACAGGAAGAAGAAGUAAUGGAUCUUAGGACCUAACAGUCUCAUCUAACGUCAACAAUUGUGAUCCCCUUCACAGUUUUUGAUGUUAGUACUAUUUAAACAGUCUUGUAUUUUUAAACAGGUGAUCGGUAAGACUUGUUGCAAGACUUGGAUUGUGGAUGGAGACGUUCCUUUUAGGAUCAGUACUGAAACGUUAUCUUGAUGUUCCUUCUAGCUGUGCUACGUUUAGCAUAGCUAGCCAAUACGAAGUAAUACCAAAGGCAAUGGAAACACUCAUCGGGGUUUCACAAGCUUUUUAUAUUUCACCAAUUUGCUUUAAGAUGGUUUUAUUUAAAUUUGAUCAGAUUAAGAUAAUAGGGAUAGCUAUCCUGUCAGUAUUGGUAAUAUAUUCGUUAAAAUUGUAUCGAACGUCAUGUCAAUUGGUGUGCCAAUGAUGCCAUGUCGGUGACAUCAUAACUAUUUAAACGCGACAGUAUUGAAAUUUUUCAAAGAUUUAUCGUUUUUUGAACAUUAUUUAUUGAUAUUUUGAAGGAUUCUUGUUGAGGUAUCGCUCUGUGUUAGAGUUGACAUCCUGAGAGUCAAACUGUGAUAUAGGUAAUGAAAUGUAAAAAUGUGAUCAACGCAAUUAUUUUAAAUGUUUUGACAUCAAUUUAUAAUGAGAAUGGAGGACAAUAAAUUGAAUGGAAAUCGAUGAAAUUCAAACAGUUUAGCAGGAAACAGUUACCAUAAUAAUUGACUCUCUUGGUUUUGAAGUUUUACGUUUUUAAAUAUUUCUUAUCAUCAAAUACUGCUAUAGAAUUGAAAUAUUUUUGAUUGACUUUGUUGGUUGUUUUUUUUUUAUAGUUAAUGUUUUAACAGACUUCGUUAGCGAAGUUAUUUAAAUCAUUUGUAAUGUAACGGUCGGCAGUGAGGCUCCGGAACUUCAGCCAGGAUACAAAAUGUUCCUACACACGUAUUCUCUCGUUCGAUCUAACUGUUAUAGGUGUCAUAUCCAAAUAUAGGUAAAUGGCGAUACUUAGUUCUAGAUACAUUCUGUAGAUAUGUGUGUAAAUAUUAACUUAUAAAUUGUCACCUCGUUGUGAUCGUGUACCGUCAUUUUGUUAGUACUUAUGUGAUAUAGACCUAUUUUGUACGCUUGGUUUUUCAAAACAGCUUACGUCAGACCUAAAAUCUGGUAAAAAAUAGCCUUUAGAUUUUUUACACCAUUCACUCCGGUCUAAAUUUUCGGUGAUUGAAAUAAAAUUUACUGGUCAGGUACCAUUUUAUAGUAUAUCUAAGGUCAUUAGGUGUAUCGAGUAUUCCAUUGAGCAAUCACUUGCCAAUCUCAAGGCGUCGCACGUAAAACCAUUUUGUUGACAAUGAGGUUCAUUGCCUUAUGGAAUAAAAAAAAAAACAAAAAUUCUAAAUUUGAAAUACAUCGGGGCCGUUAUUUUUUUUUAUACAUAUUUGAAAUUCGAAAACAUUUUUUUUUCUAAAUUCAUUUUUGUUGUUCAUUUUUUUCUUUUGUUAGUAAAAAUGUCGACUAAAACCAAGCGUUAGUGUGUAAUUUAGUGUUUAGUUUAGGAAAGUGAGUACAAUAAAGCAAUUACGUAGUAUUUAAGUUAAGAGGCCUAAAUUAAUUUAUUAAACUGACGUGUAUAGUGUAUAGAAACAGAUUGGUAAUCAAUUGUAAGAUAAAUAUCACCAAUUUGGUAGCAUUAGACGAACAUUAUGAAGAACUGGAAAAUAGAAUAAACUAAGUGUAAUGCUCGUUUGUUUGUGUGAGAUCUCACUCUGGAGAAAAGUAAUAUUUGGACCUGUUUAUUUCUACCUCUGCUGAAAAACACGAUACAUGUUGUGUAUAAAAAUGUAUGUGUGAUACAGAAAUAGAAAAUUAUUUUUGUUAGUAAAGUUUUAACGAAAAUAAGAAAAAAAAAUGCCAAAUUGUGGAGGUACAGUCGACAGCAUGAGAUUGUUGAUAAAGGACGUUGUUGAUGCGACGUAACUAUAAAAGUUGUUGACUGUACAUUAAUUGCAGUGCUUCAUUGUAUAUUAAUAGUACCAUUUAACCAAAUAUGUAAUUUACAAUACCAUUUCAUUGGCGUUCAGUAUCACGACACUAUAUUUUAGCUUAUUUUUUUAAUAUAAAAAAAAAAUCGAGGUCCCGAACGCCAAUCAAAUAGAAUGUGACCAUAAUUCAGUAACGUUAAGAUAUAUUUUUGAAUGAAUGAUGUGAUAUAAAUGAGAUUUUAAAUUGUAUAUAGGAAAUUGUUAUGUAGUAUGUAAAUCACUGAGUAAAGCUGUUGUUAGUUUGUUAGAGACGCUUACCUUUCGUAAAAGGCUGCACUAGACAUCAAUUAUUAGUGAAAAUUAAUAAAAUAUCAAUGAUUGGUUGCACGAUUUUCUUCUAUUUUCUUUUUUAACCCAUGGUAAUCGGAUCCACGCGAGACACAAUGUAUUUUCUAUUGUUGUCUUAUAUACCAUACAAUGAGUUAACUAUCUUCUUUUUCUACCUUCAACCUCAGAGGCUGAUUUAAACCUAGAGAGCUUCCUAGGCAAGCACCUCAUUCGCGCCCCUAAUUCUUUUGGCCCCAUUGUCACUCUAGGGGCAGUUGGGCACGUCUCUAUACCCUGGUGCCUUAGGUACUUGCCUAGUCCAUCCAAGGGACAAUACGGCUCCACACAACCUCAUUUCCGUCCUAUACUAAAAAUAAAACAUUUUCAUCACAAAAACAAUUCUUCUGAACAACGAAAAUGCUUUAUUUUACUUUUCCAGACUUCUAUUUCUUUCAUUUCACCUAUAAUCUAUUUUUUUUAUCUAAAUCUUUAUAUAGUCCCUUUCCUUUUCGUAUUUAUUAAGUAAAAAUGACUGAAGACGUGAAUUGAUGCUACUUGUUCCAUAAUGAUUAUUAAUAUAAGUAUAUUAUUAAUAUUGGUGACUAAUAAUAUGAUAUUUGCCUAUUAUUAUUAUUAUAUUUGACGGGAGAAUAAAGUGCAACCAUUUGUUAAUAAGAUAUAGUUAUUGAUUAAAUAUUUUGGUCCGAAAGUGCCAUUACUUAUGUAUCAAUGUUAUGUAGAUAAUGUUUUUCAUAUUUGUAACACUGUUUACUGUAAUUCAAAAUAUUGAGCAAGUCUUAUUAUUUCGUCUUUUAACUAGCUUGUGGUCAUAAACAAAUCAAUGAAAAAGAAAGUAAUUUUAUACAGAAAACAUUUAUUUUUAAAUUAAGUAUCAAUUUCAUGAUAAUAAUAAUGUUAUCGGCUUACUCACGUAACUGUUUGACGAGGAACUCGAUUAGUUUCAAGCCAUGCUAGAGGCUCAUGUUCAGAGUAGCAGCAGAACUAUCGCCGUGUCGUGUCGCGGAAUACUGCUCAUGAAUUUGAGUCUCUAAUGUGGCUUGAAACUAGUCGAGUUCCUCGUCAAACAGUUACGUGUGUAAGCCGAUAACACAAUAAUUAAUUUGGUAUGUCUCACGAAAGUUAUGAUAAAAUUUCUUGUUAUUUAAAUUGGUGACUUUAUGAUAAAAAUGUAAAUGAAUUUGUUAAUUCUUGAUACUUAUUUUCAAGUAUUUGCAUGAUACAAAUUAACAAAUUAUUCAUUGCUUUACAUGUUAAAUUACAAUGCCUAACAAAAAAUUGAUACUUUUUAUUUUACAUGUGAAUAUAUUGUCUUAUAAAUAUAUAUGUAAUAUUUUUAUAUGCCCACCGAUCAUUAGACACCUGUAUUCCUGUAUCUGUCUUUAAUAUUCAUAUAUUUUCUUUUAUCCUAAUUUCUUGUAAACCUAUCACUAUUUUUUUCACCUGACUGUACAUUUUUAUAAAGCUAAAUAUAGCUUAAUUUUUUAAUAUACAAUUUGUAUGUAUGUUUUGUAAAGAUUAUACAUUUCAAGCCAUUCUGUCACUAUAAAAAGGGUAUAUAAUUUUCCUAUAUGUAUAUAUUCAGUAUAUUUCACAUGUAAACAGUAAAUAUAGUAAAUAGUGUUAUAAAUAAGUAAAUAAUAAACACAUUGAUAUUACUUACAUUCCAUUUACACAGCUUUUAACGACAACCGACAUAUUGUGAUUUAUGAGAUGUAAUAUUUUAAGUUUUAUACCAUCAAUGUAUUCCUAUUGUGAUGUCCAAAUAGUGUAUUAUUGUAAUUUUUAUUUCAAAAUAAAAUGAAUUAACUGAAAA